GAAAGGCCUCCAGGAGGAGGGUCACGUUGGCGGGACUGCGCGGGUGGGGCCAGCACUGGCAAGUUUCUCGGAGCGGGGGCCCAGGCAGCCAGGACCGAGCCCUGCCCACCCGUGAGUCACGGCCCUACCUCGGCUGGGGUGUUUUUCUGGUUCCCCGUGAAACGUCCCAUUCCUGCACAUCUGUUGUGUGGCACCCAAGCCAUGCUGCUCAUCUGGUGUCCAGCCUCCAGGGCCUGGGCCUCCUGGACGAGGUGAGCAGAAAAGGAACUGGCCGGUGAGGCCCCUCGGAGAACAUGUCUCCCCUCUGUCUGAGCAGGGUGAUGUGCCUGGCUGGGGUGGGGGGUGGGGGGGACGAGUGGAGAGCUGAGCUGCUUAGCACUGUCCUCACCUCACUGCCGAGGGGAGGCUGGGAUGCCAGGGCAAGGAGCGAGUGGUAGGGCUGGCGCUGGGCACUCUGUGCUUUCCAGGGCCAGGCAGGGCCAGCCAGAGGAGGAAGCCGAGCUGGCCUUGCUGGAUGGACGGGUCCCGGUGCCAGCCCUUCCCCGACCCAGGGUGACUGGCCACAGGGCAAGACCCGUCUCUGGGUGUGGGUGGAUAUGUCAUUGGCCUGACUGUACAGGGGCUCCGGUGUGCCAGUUUCCUGGCCCCUGCCCCAUGGCCUGCCUCUACCAGAGGAUGACCCCACCCAGGCCAGCCCCGGAAACCUGUCCAACCAGACAGAGAGGCUGUGGACUGCCAGGGUGGUAGGAGUAAGGAGGAGCCCCUCUGGCUCUGACUUCCUCCCAGCUGAGUAGUGAGGGUGCCGAGGGUCCUGACCCCAUCCGGACCGUUCUUGACACACCCCGUUCUGCUGUGCCCACAGUCACGGUCACUGGGCUGGCCUGGGGGCUAUGGCCAGGCAGAUGCUGGGGGGGCGGGGUGUAGCCUCUAACGGGGUCGACCAGGGCUAGCCACAGUGCCCUGCACCUCAGGGAGGUUCUGGGUGGUCCCUGUGUGUGUGUGUGUGGGGGGGUCUCCACACCUGUGCUUGAGCACCCCCUUGGGACCUUGUGGGGCUGGCCACUGCCGUAUGAUGGGGACGGAGGGGACAGACCAGGUGGGAGGAAGGUGCUGGGACAAAUCGACUUGGACACACACACUAUGAUUGAGCUUUGGGGGAGCAGGACCCCUCGGGGCUCGGAGCCCGUGAGGGUUGUAGCAGGUUUCCUGGAAGAGGCGGUGUUCGAGCUGGGAGCCAAAGGAUGGAGACACGCAGGUCAAGGCCGGAGAGCUUUCCUGGUGUGAGGUGGGGGGAGCACUAAGAGGAGGGUGGGAGAGGGUCUGGGAGGCCGGGGUGGGGACAAGGACCAUGGUGAGCUGUGAAGCCGGGCCUGGGUGGGGGCCUAGUGGAGCUGGGUCCAGGCAUGGAGGGGUGUGGGGGGGGGGUGAGGGCAGACUGGGGGGGCACCUUAUCUCCUGCUGAGUUGGUGGUGCCCGGUGGAUCCAGUUGCAAGCGCUUUGUGGCUGAAAGGAGAGCCCACUGCCUGCCUCCCUGCUGCCUCGCCUGUGCUCGGCCAGUAAUGCGAGCCCCAGCGAGGGAGCCGCAGGGCGGCCUGGGUCCCCCCCCCCCAAGCCCCGGACAUCCUCCGGACAGAGCCGCCCAUGAGAGCGGAUGCAGGAUGCUGCAGCCAGAGAGCUCCCGGGUCUCCGAGGAGGGGACUGCCACUGGGUCCCGGCGCGGUGACUGCAUCAUCUGCUACUCAGCCUACGACCUGGCCGGGCACCUGCCGCGCCGCCUCUACUGCGGCCACACCUUCUGCCAGGCGUGCGUGCGGCGGCUGGACACGGUGGCCCACGAGCAGCGCUGGGUCCCCUGCCCGCAGUGCCGCCAGAGCACACCCACGCCCCGUGGAGGGGUGGCCAUGCUGGACCUCGACCUGGCCGCCUUCCUGGCUGUCAGGGCUGAGCGGGAGCCGCCUCGCAUGGAGCCCCAGCGCCCCGCGCCCCCCAAAGGCAGCACCGCUGUCACUCAGCAGCCAGCCGGGCUCCGCCCCACCUUGGGCACCCAGCCCCACUUCCCCCAGCCCAGAUGCUGCUGCAGCUGCGGCCUCUGCUGGGACACCCUGGACAGUCCCCAGGUCUGAGUUCCAGCGGCUGGAACCUCUGACCGCCGCACAACCAGCCCGGAACGGCCUGGGGCCCCACACGGACACCCCCAGACCGCAGCCUAAGUGUGGGGGUUGUGCCCACGGUACCGUGAGGCUCUUUGAGAAGCCGGUUACCUCUUUCCCGUCUUGGCCAGGAUUCCAGGGCUUCAGGCCAGCCUGACUGUGUGCGUGGUGAGGGCUGCUGCGCUCAGAGUCUCCUGCAAGCCCAACCCAGGCCUGGACUCAGCUCAGAGGACGCCUCCACGGGUGUCUGGCUAAAAAAGUCCCACAGGUGGGAACCAGAGCAGAGAGCCGCCUCCUUCAGCCCUGUCUUGCAAAGCAUCCCUGUGAAGUUCAUUUAUUCAACAAAGCUCACUGAGCACCCACUA